CUCACCGAGCCUGUCUUCUGUUCACUCUCUCCCUCUUCUCCGGUCAGUGCUCUACGUGCCACAGCAGUGUCCAGUGCUACAGCACUUGCUCAUAUAGCUGACAGCAGCUGAGCAGGAUGGAUGUUUUCAAGAAGGGAUUUUCCAUGGCCAAGGAGGGAGUGGUGGCAGCUGCUGAGAAAACCAAACAUGGUGUAGAGGAGGCAGCGGCCAAGACUAAGGAAGGUGUCAUGUAUGUAGGUACAAAGACAAAAGAAGGUGUGGCUCACAGUGUCAAUGCAGUGGCUGAAAAGACCAAAGAGCAGGCAAAUGUUGUUGGUGAUGCUGUUGUAUCCAGUGCCACCCAAGUGUCAGCCAAGACAGUGGAGGGAGUGGAGAACGUGGCAGCAACAAGUGGUCUGGUCAAGAAGGAUGAGCAAGAGGGUGAAUUGGUGCAAACUCCACCAGAGAAUGAAAGCGAGGAAGAUGUACAGGCUGCAGAGCAGGUUGGCAAUUAGACUUCAUCACUCAGGGUUGGUGGAGGACUGUUUUGAUCCUACCCAGUCCAGCCAGAAGGGUUUGCGUACCACCUAACUGCUUUCCCACUGAAAAACCUGGUAAUCCAAGACUCCCCUCAGAAGACCCCACUUGCAUCCACACUGACUCCAGUAUACCAGAAAUGCCCACAUGUCUCUCCAAAGCUCACCCAUUUGGUUUAAAGCAUUCAUAAGGCAGCUUCUUUUUGGCAGACAGAGUGACACCACCAUGAUCCCUGGUGUACAAGUGCUUUUACCUCUUCCCACUAGCCAGCCAAGGUCUCUGAAUAAUCUCAGGCUUCACAAACGCUUCUACGCCUGUGUCACAUACUUCUGGUUCUUAGUGCCUCUGUUCUGGCCAGUGGCUAAAGUGGACAAUUUAUCUUGGGCCUUCUGGCAGCAUGCAAUAGGUGAAUGGCUUUCCUUUCACAAGAUGUUCUCAUUUUACACUUCUCUAGAUGACUACUUUUCACUUCCAGAAUAUCACAUGCGAGGUCAACUGGCACACUAAUGGGGUUUCAGACUUAGCAUGAAGUGUGGGCCCUGAGUGAUCUAAUGAGGGGCAUCAGAAGAUAUUCCCAAGCAGUUCUAUUGAAUUUGAAUGUGAGUGGUCAUCUUUAGGAGACUGUGUCAGAAUGAUACUCCUCACCUCUCCGCUCAUCAAUACAUUUCAAAGAAAUAUCAGUGCGACCCAGCAUUCUUCACUCACUCUGACUUCCAUUUUGCUGCUGGCUUCCACCAGCCAUCUUCCAUGAAAAUAAUCUUUCAUCGAAGCUUUAGCUUCCCAGUUAGACAUUGGUUUGUUCCAAAGCUCACCUCUUCCAGAUAUUUACUAUUUGCCAACACUGUGAUGUUAGUUCUGGCCAUGCUAAACUGCUGGUCCCACAUGGCGAAAGCCCUUAUGCUUCACCAUAGCCAUUAAACAUAUUCACUAUUGAGGUCUACUUGGACCCAGAUUCAGUCAACAUUUGACUUCAUCUAUCUGUUGCUCUUUUAGACAUUUAACUAUCACCAGACCAUAAACUUUAGAGACCACUAUUUAGUCCCAUCUAGGCAUCAUUGUGUAAAAGUCAUCCUUCUCAGCUACUGAUCAGUCCUGAGCCUUUACCUCCCUCUCACCCAUCACAAUAAAUUUGUCAUGUUGACCAUCAAGAUCCACAUAUCCUUUGUUUACGCAGGUAGGUGUCAGUCCCCAUCAACAACAAGCCCUCUUGUGUGAGACUUCCAAGAGAAUUUUACACAAGAGAUUUUGGAUCCCCUCUUUGAUGAGUCCAAAGACCAACUUUUAUAAACCCGGAAGAUGGCCAUUAAAUUGGUAGAGCUGAGGGAGAGCUUGAAGAGAGAAUAUUGCCUUAAGAUACACAUGUACACUGCAGCCUCAAAUAAUCAUAAUAAUCAAAUCUCCGGUAAGAUAACCCAAAUAACACACUUGAGUAUGACAAUGAUUACUGUUUAACAGAACCUCAGUGAUCGCUGUGUGUAAAAAUGAGUGUUUUAUCUCAGUAAGCGGUAAUAUAGCCAUCAUUACUGAGGACAGUGACCAAACAUUUCUUCUUGUUACUAAUUUGUUUCUCAUGGAAGAACCUUUGCCUAUUUUUAAUUUUGAAAGCUACCUUAUCUCCACCGUUGAACAUGAGCAGCCUACUUUAGGGCUUGCAACAAACUCUCUAUCAAGAUCAUUUCCUGUUUUGAUUGGUGAUUGCAGAAUACUAUGUCUUCCUCUCAAUCUGUUCUUUGGAAGGUUUGCUGGAAUGUUUGCAAUGGUUGUCAUGUUGGAAGGCCAGUUCUCGGUCACCUUAAUCUGACAGUUCUCCAGUUGUGACUCACUGUGAAUUCUUAAUAAUUCCUUCAUAUGCGGUGAGUCAUUUGGUCUCAAAAUAUGAUAUUUGCACCACCUUGUUUGGAAGUAGAGAUGAAGUUCUUUGGCGGUAGGCGGUGUUAUGUUUUCACUAGGCAUAGAGUUUUUAGUUGUGCCGUAAAGAAUCAAUAAAAUCCAUCUGCCCAGAGCACUUGCUUCUAAAAAUCUACAGAAAGAUCUAAGUUAUUUGUAAACUUACUGUUCAAAAGUGCUGAUUUGGUUAGCUUCACGUGAAUAUCAGUACUGUUUAAUUACUUCAUGUUCUUAAACUAUGAGCAUGACCCUAAGUUGAAGCCAUACGGUUCUGCAGAUCUUUGGAUUUGAUCUUGAAGUUCUUUUUGAUAAUUAUGUUGGAAUUUGUUGUAGGGCUUGGUAGAAUGAGUAGAUGUCGAACUAUCCAUCCAUCCAUUUUUGAACCUGAAUUAAAAGCAAAGUGUUUUCUUAUAGUUUUAUGACCCUUGCCAGACAGAUGAUCACUCAAACACUCAUCCUGAGCUCUUCCAAGAUUGUGGCAUGAUGCAUUCCACUAACAUGUAGCGAUAAGAACAAACCGACUUGGCUUCUCACCUUUGUACAGAAGAAGGCCUCUUUGUUUUGGUGACUGGCUCAUUGAUUGGUUAACUUGGUAUCCAAUCACCUUAGUGCAUGCUUAUUCUGACCAUAUUGAAUUAGCUGUUAUCACUUGUGGUUCACUUACUUUUGCACAUUACCUCAUUCUUCUUUCCUCCCUUUCUUAUCCUAUUACAAAAUCCAGGAGAAUUUCUAGAUACAUUAGAAUUGUGUACGUUUUAGCUGAAACUAAGCAAGAACUUCAUUGUAUAAACGUAACAUUUAAAGAAGAUGAGUAAGGGUUCAUCCACGUUCAAGCAGGUCUCAAUAUCGACACUCAGGACACCCUGGUAUGCUGGCUGUCAUUGAAAUUCCAAAA